AUGUUCUCUCACCCAGGUCUAUCAGAACAUUGCUCAGUUUUUGGGACCCUAGGAGCUAAUGGUCACAAUUCUAUAUCGACAUUGGGUGUGACACUUUACACUGGGAUGAAUGGCUAUAGAUCUGUGGUCUAUAGCGUAUGGUGUGACACUUUACACUGGGAUGAAUGGCUAUAG